CCCCACCCCCUCAUGCCUCUAGCCACCCACAAAGAAAUAUAAGGGCGUUCCUUUUCUUGAAAUGGCUGAAUCUACAACCCUGAAUGCUGCUAGUUCCCUACAGUUGAUGGAGGAUGGGCUCACUGAUCAGGAAAGGGUAUGAUAUUCACAUGAUAGAUAGAUACUCAAUGAUCAGUGCAUUCUCCUAGUGCCUAGAUGUACUUGUUGACCACCCAUAAACACACUUGUCAUCAUUCAUUCAUCACAGUAUAGUGCCUACACUCUACCCUGUCAGUGUGAGGUGUUUUAUCUCAUGUUGUUGUUCUCUCCACAUGUACCACUCUCUCUGGAUGGACAACAGAAAGGGAUUAAGAUUGUAAGUUGGUGUGUGUUGUCAGAGUGUUUAGCGUCUGUUGGAUAUUCUGUGAUGUUUCUACUUCCCCAUUAUUACUCUUGUGUGUGUGCAGUGCCAUAGUGUUAUAUAGGGAAAUAUUUAGUAUGAUCACAUUCAACCUCGUAAUCAUUCAUUUACUAUCUUCCCACUGUUUGCCCUGUGGACUCUCCCUCUCUGGAUCAACAGUGGGAGUGACGUACGGCUACAAUCUGGUGGGGAGCGAGCCGGUGAAAGAGUGUCCGGCCGUCGCCAUUAUUGCCAAGGCUCAGGCCCGAGCUCAGGCUCUCAACACACUGGGGGCAGCCAUUGGAAGACAGAAUGGCGAUAAGGCAGCCUCACUGGCAGUGGCAGAACAGUAUGUGGCAGCUUUAUCCCAACUGGCCAGGACCACCAACACUCUCAUCCUGCCAGAAAAGACUGGUGACAUCAGCUCAAUGGUCUCACAGGUUGUUGUGGAGAGCCCGGACUCGGAGACCACUCUAUUGUACUUCCUAAGAACGCAGCUCCGCCUAACAGGUACUAAGCUUGGGUGUGGAGAGGGUGGGUGUAGUGCCUGUACGGUGAUGCUCUCCUGGUAUCAAGAGGGCGUGGUUACACAUGCUGCCGUCAACGCUUGUCUUGCCCCCCUCUGUUCUGUGGAUGGUAUGGCGGUCACCACAGUGGAGGGGAUUGGUAGCUCCCGCGAUCUCCUUCAUCCUGUUCAGGAGCGUAUAGCGCGUGCCCAUGGGUCACAGUGUGGCUUCUGCACCCCCGGUUUUGUCAUGUCCAUGUACACUCUCCUCAGGAAUAGCCACGCCCCCUCAGAGAAGCAUGAGGGAGCAUUCGAAGGCAAUCUGUGCAGGUGUACUGGGUACAGGCCCAUCCUAGAGGGAUUCAAAACCUUCUCACAGACUGGCUGCUGUGGCGGUGCUACCAAAUGCUGUAUGGACGUCAAAAGCUCUGAUGGAAUUAAGACCAUCAAAGGUCCUUCUGUCCUCUUUGAUGCCUCCAAAUUCCGACCCCUUGACCCCACCCAGGAACCCACCUUUCCCCCAGCACUCAGGACGGAGCCUCUCAUCCCAUUGGCUAUCAAGGGGCCGAGGGUGUCAUGGUAUCGACCUUUGACCCUGGACCAGUUGCUGGUGUUGAGAGCAAGGUUCCCUCAGAGCAAGUUGGUCAUUGGAAACACGGAGAUAGGCGUGGAGGUAAAAUUUAAGGGGGCCUUCUACGAUACUCUCAUCAGCUGCUCUCAAGUGCCUGAGCUCAACAAGAUGGCGGUCACUGACGAGGGACUGACAGUGGGAGCAUCUGUGACACUCACCCGACUGGAGGAACAGCUCAAGCAUCUAGUGGAGUCUCUACCAGAGAACAAAACGAGGACAUUCUCUGCUCUCCUGGAGAUGCUGCGGUGGUUUGCAGGACAACAGAUCAGGAAUGUGUCGGGUAUUGGGGGAAAUAUCUGCAACGCUAGUCCAAUCUCAGACCUCAAUCCAACUCUGUUAGCGGUGUGUGUACUUUGUGGGUGCCUCUAACUGGAGGUGAUCCUCAGUUUGAGGUGAAAGCCCACCAAGCAAUGGAGGCAAUCUGGCGUAGUAGACACCGAGGGCACAAUCUGGUUGGCUCAGUCAUCAACGUACACAGUGCUGAGUGGACGAGAGUGGAUAGCGGUGUGGCGGCGGGGAUUGACUCAUACUACGAGUACUGUCUCAAGUCUUACAUCCUGACUUCAGGGUUCACUGGGGAAACCACCCUCUCAGGCCUGAGUUCAUUGAGAGCACUUACUUCCUCUACAAGGCGACUGGAGAUCCAUAC